AGAAAGCUACUUGGAGUUUGAUAGGUUUUUUAGAAUGGUGCUUGGUCAAUCCCAAGGGGCUGGAAUUUGGAAAUAAGGAUGAAAUACAUCUCACUAAUAAAAUAAACUUGGAAGAUAUUAAAAAUAAACCAGAGUUACUGUUACCUCGCGAUAGUGUUUCAGUUAAAAUGUUAGCAGUGGAGGCGUUAGAAAAAUUUCAG